CAGAAAUUAUGUUGUUGAUUUUUAUUUUUUUCAUCUCUCUUGGGUCGAUAACUUCAUAUUCCGGUCAAGAGAACGGCUUUUUGCUAUGUUUUUCGUCUCAUUUAGAGCAUUCUAAUCAAACUUCCCAAGUUUUAAUCACCCGGAAUAGUUCUGAUUAUUCUUCUCUGCUGAGAUCCUCCAUACGGAACGCCAGAUUCCUCAACACUUCAACACCGAAGCUUCCAGUGUUUAUUGUAACUCCAUUUCAUGUGUCUCAUGUCCAAUCUGCCGUAGUCUGUUCCGAAGAAAAUGACUUGCAAAUAAGAGUUCGAAGCGGAGGCCAUGACUAUGAGGGACUGUCUUAUGUGGGUGAAGCUGAUGUUCCUUUUCUCAUGGUUGAUCUUUUCAAUCUUCGAUCAAUUAGUGUUGACAUUGAAAAUGAGAGUGCGUGGGUGGAGUCUGGAUCAACUCUGGGAGAAUUAUACUACAAAAUUGCGGAGAAAAGUAAGCUCUAUGGCUUCCCUGCCGGAAGUUGUUCCACCGUUGGUGUUGGAGGACACAUUAGCGGCGGCGGAUUUGGUACCAUGUUCAGAAAGUAUGGUUUGGCUGCUGAUAAUGUAAUUGAUGCUAAGAUGGUGGAUGUUAAUGGAAAAAUACUGUUUCGAGAAAGUAUGGGAGAAGAUCUUUUCUGGGCCAUUAGAGGGGGUGGCGGAGCAAGUUAUGGAGUCAUUUUAUCCUGGAAACUUCGUCUGGUUCCAGUUCCACCUGCCGUAACAGUUUUCAGUGUUGGACACACAUUGGAACAAGGAGCAAGCAGGCUUCUUCAGAAGUGGCAAACCAUUGGAAAUGAGCUUAUUGAAGACCUUUUCAUUCAUGCGGUGUUGGAAGUUACUGAGGCAAGAAGCGUUAGAGUUUCAUUUCUGUCUUUGUAUCUUGGUGAGGUUCGAAAUCUGAUACCUCUGAUGCAAGAAAGUUUCCCUGAAUUGGGUUUAAUGCGAGAAAACUGCAGUGAAAUGAGUUGGAUUCAGUCAGUUCUCUAUUUUGCGGGCUUCUCAAUUCAUGAUUCUCUAGAAGUUUUGCUUGAUAGAACUACGCAAUUCACGGGGUUCUCCAAGGCGAAAUCAGAUUAUGUGAAAGAACCCGUUUCGGAAGCUGGGUUGGCAGGCCUAUACAAAAUGCUUCUUGAAGAAGCGACGUCGUAUCUGAUUUUGACACCUUAUGGAGGAAAAAUGAGUGAGAUUUCGGAUACUGAAAUCCCAUUUCCGCACAGGAUUGGGAAUUUAUACAAAAUCCAGUAUUUGGUAACCUGGGAUGUUGAAGAUGGAACAGAGCAACACAUUGGCUGGAUCAGAAGGCUUUAUGAAUAUAUGAAACCUUUUGUUUCAAAGGCUCCAAGAGCUGCAUACUUCAACUACAGGGAUCUUGAUUUGGGAAGGAAUAACAAUGGAAAUACAAGCUUUGAACAGGCAAGAAUUUGGGGUUUGAAGUAUUUCAAAAAGAAUUUCAGAAGAUUGGUUCUGGUAAAGACUGCUGUUGAUCCUGGUAACUUCUUCAGGAAUGAGCAAAGCAUCCCAGUUUUCCCUUUAAAAUGACAAGAAAAUUAGAAAAAGAAAUUGGAAUGUUAACAAAGCAACAAUGAGAACGAAGUGAUAGCAGCAAUCAAGCAUAAUGAAUAGAGUGUUAACAAAGCAAGAACAGAUUCAGAGCAGUAUGUCAACCACGUCUAGAACAAUAAUAAAAGCAACAGUAUUGGUAGUAUUAACAAUAACAACAUGCAGGCACAAGGUAAAGGCAGCAUAUCACUAAUACAAUCAGACACAAGGUAAAGGUAGCAUAUCACAAAUGCACUCAGACACAGGGUAAAGGCAGCAUAUGACUAAUACAAUCAGACACAAGGUAAAGUUAGCAUAUCACGAAUGCACUCAGACACAGGGUAAAGGCAGCAUAUCUCUAAUAUUACCAAUAUGAAUAAUGGCACCGAUUCACACGCAUGGCGUGCUUAUUUAGCACAAGGAUAAGCGGAAGCAGCAUAACUUUAAUAUGGCUAAAGUCAAGCACAACCAUAAUCAGGGGAUUGCAAUACAUCGGACAGAGUGUUUUAUUAUAUUUUUGCUUUAUUUCUUACCAAGAGAGUGUUCACGAGUGUAAACAUAUAAAGAAUCCCUGGGACAUGCAAACCUGUGAGCUGGAAAGGCUUUGUUCAAGACGUUAACCCUUUGAUGUUCACUAGGGACAUAUUGAAUUUUCACAUUUUUUGCAGCCACUUGGUCUCUUAUAUAUGUAAUAAACAUCUAUUUCAAU